CUCCGUCUUCCCAUUCCCGUCCCUCUCCCUCUUCCAGGAUCGAUCCAAACCCUAGAAAUCGCCACGUUUCAUCCACCCCGCCAACCCCAUGCCACCGGUUCGCACGUACGGCCGGCGCCAGCGCCGGCGCCGCGGCAGCCGUCUCAGUCCUACUCGCUCGUGCGCACCAUCAUGUCAGGAGGAGGAGGAGGACCAUGUGGUUGAGACUGCAUCUGCACAAACGCAUGCCGAUCCGCCGUAUGCAAAGGAGGGGCAUGUGCCAUCUUCCAUCACUGCUACUUCCUCAUCCUCUCAGCAAGCAGAUGCAGUAGAUCAGGACACCGAGGUCUGGCCACCAUCUGCAAGCUGCCUUUCCUCAUCUCCGGCAUCACGCGUUUGGGCUCGACAUGUGAAAGAUUGGGGACGCAUAUUUUACAUCAGGGUUGAUCUUCAGGGAUCUUUCCACACAUAUCCUAAUGUGGGUGGGCCAUUUCAAAGCUCACAGGAAACUGACAAGGCUAUUGAUCGCUAUCUUGAGGACCAUUGGGAUCCAAAAAUGCGCAUGGGGCCAGAUGAUAAUGUCUCUACAAUGGAUAAGGUUAUACGGCGAUGCCUUUACUGGCCUGAUGGCAGAAUUAAGAGGCAUACAAAAUCAUCUUCGACUAGGGCAGCCAAUAAGAGAAUGCACCAAUUCAUCCAAGCAUUAGUCGACAAGUAUAAUGAUGAUCACAAUCUUUUGGGGGAUUUGGCACUUAAACUCAAAGAUGUUUUGCACUACCAGCCAAUUUGUGAGAACCAUAUUUGGUACUAUCAUCUCAAUUUCACUGCAAAGACUAAAGAAGCUGAUGGUUUAGACUCUACUAGUGACAAUCUGUUCUUUGUGGAAGUCAAACGUAUGGGAAUAGGAAAUUAUGAAGAAAUGUUGGUCAGCUGUUUCUGCAUGGUUAAUCCUGAUAAUGGUAAACCAUGUAAAGGUUGUACCAACAAUGGAACUGUUGACAUGAAGCACCCUGACACUGAUGAAUACUUUGCUGGCCACUUGGAUGCAUAUUUGCCUUUUGGAUGUUUUGGAAAGUGGAGCGACUCUAAUGACGAUGAUAAAUACGUGAAAGCUAGGGAGGCCAAGUUAAGGCAUAUGUACGAGGGACGGAGAGAGUAGUAACUCCUUGUGUAUUUGUUGUCUUCAAGGCAUUGAUUAUGAUACACUUGUUACGAAGAGAGUAUUCACACUCCCUCCGGGUGUGACUAUUGUGGAAGACUAAAAAUUAAGGGAUGGAGGAACUACUCACUCCAUUUGGGUGAAACGUCGCAACACGUGCAGAAUGUCGGUAUCUAUGAAACACAAUGUCGAUCGGUAUCUAAAAUAUGAUACGUCUGCUAUGUAUAUAUCUCUAAUGUCCUUGGUUUGCAUGGGUUAUAUCCGUUGGCGUGCAGCUCACUGUGAUGAGAUUUGCAUGCCUUGCUGAAUUUGGAUGUUUGGAGAUAAUUAAUUUCUGUGGACUGAAUGCCUGCACUACACCUGUUUGCGCAUGAUCACCGUAGGCUACUUCAUACUGUAAUUCCAGCCAAUCCAAGUUAGGACCUACUUUGCUUAUUUACUUGGGUCAUUUGUCUGGUGAUAGCACUAAGUAAAACUCGUAGCAUACUAACCUUUCAUAGCGGACUAAGCGGCGAACGUCAACACACGUUUAACAACU